AUGUCUACAGAUGUUACUUCCCUGGCUGCAACGCCAGCUACCGGCGCAAGGAGCACCUACACCGCCAUGAAGGAAAACACCUUCAGCAGUCUUUUACAUGUUCCAAUUGUGGUCGAGAGUUUGGACGAAGGUAUCUCCCUUCAGCGUGGACUCAUUCUUGCAAACACUUACUCUAAUUUAGUGACACACUUCGACGCCAUCUCCGUCAGCGUCAUGGAAUAA